GCACGCAGCAGUCCGCUAAAGGGCACACUGCCAACAUCAUCAUCAGAAUACACAUAGAGGAAGCAGGUACACGCUUACGAACUUCUCUUGGCUCAUUGCGAUACCAGUGCAGUUUUUUUUUGGCUACGGGAAAACUUCCGAUACAUAAUUACUGGGCGCCGGGCUAGAUAUUUUGUAGGUACUAAAUCUAAACCUUCAAACAAACAAGAUGGCGGGCUUUUUCUACUCUCCCUUGAGCGCGAAGGUCUUUUCCCUUCUUGUCGCCGUCCAUGUAAGUAAUCCUGAGCAGACCAUGUUCUUCGCCCUCGCGCAGGACCCGGCACUGCAACUUUCCUUCGCGUGCCCCUAUACCAGCGUGAGUUGUUGCGGCACCCUGGCCGGCGCGGCGCAAAUUGCCGCGCAGCACGUGAACAACCGGAACGGGAGCUUGGUGUCCGAGUUGGCGUCGCUCCAAAAUGCGACCAUUUCCGUGUCGGCCCAGGAUCGGGACUACUACACGUCGGCCUACGAACUGGUGAAGGCGAGCCAGGAGGUGGUGACCACCGGCAGCUUGAAGAAAGCGGACGCCUACUUGGCGUUUUACUACUCCUCCGACGUGAUUUCCGCGCACGAGUACUUCGUGGAAAAGAACUUGGACACUCCCUUGAUCGGGUGGGGCGCAGCCAGUCCGGUGUUCAACGAGUACCCGACCUACUACCAAAACUUUUACAGUUUUGGAAGCGUCAGGACCGAAAUCGACAAAGUCGACAAAUUUGUGAUGCGUAAAAUGUAGGGCACUGGAGGCCUGUAUUGGGGAGCAGGCAAGCGAGACCGAUUGUGAGCCUGUUUAGGGGUAUGCAAUGUGCUGCCAGAGUAGCAUGACAGGAGCAGUCUUCUUUGCCCAAACAGCAUGACAGACUGGAUUUGAUUGCUCCCGAAAUUUGUCAUGCGCCACUUCCAAACUGAGGCUCCAACUGGAAUCCAUUUUAUGCAUGACAAAUCAUUUUGAUUUUGUCAAUUGCGAUUCUGACACUUCCAUAACAGUCUGUACCCGAACGACGCGAUGCUGGCGACGCAGAUGGCCCGGCUCUUCUUCCACCAGUUCGGGUUCAAGUUCGUGGCGGUCAUCAGCGAGCCGGACGCCUGGAGCGACGGCUUCGCGAAGGUGUUUGCGGCGGAGUUCGUAAAGCUUGUUAACGCCGGCGCCGCUUCGGCCGGCGGAGGUAGUAGCAGCAGUAGCAGUACAAUAUCGCCGUCAGUUCGGUACAAACUUUCUGCCGACUCGCCGAUUACGGCGACGGAGUGCCAGACUACUUUGCAGCAGAUCCGUAAGGCGACCGCGAGGGUCGUGCUGUACGUGUCAGGCUACGCGGCGCACCUGCAGACCAUGCUGUUGGAGGCGCGGCGGCUGACGAUGGCGGGGCCGCAGGCCAAGGAGUACGUGUGGGCGGCGCUGAACUUGGGGACGCCGGGCACCGUGUACAGGGGUGCGGAGUACCACAACAUGUUGACCCUCAGCCCGCGCAUGCAGGACGCCGCGGCCGAGAGUAAGAUGCAGCAGCUCCGGGCCGAAAUGUGGACGGCGGAGAUGGCGGCGGGGCCGCUGCCCACCGGCGCCAUCCACGGCUAUGCACUGCAAAUAUGUGGUCUGGGUGUGGAAAAGGACCAAGUUUGUCAUGCAUAUUUUCCAUGACCCAUGAAGUCUGUCUCUGUGAUGCAUGCCCGAGCAUCACACAUUCUGCGAGAGCUUUCUGAUGCUCAUACCGCAUGAGAAGUGCCCCCUUCGCGUGGCAAAAACUGGACCUCUUCUGCUGUUCAUGCAAUAGAGGUUUAUUUAUGUAGAGUCCAAAGUUAGCCUCUUUUUCGACGCGUUCGGACUGAGGAUUGUUCCGCAUCGCAGGUAUUAUAAUAUUUAGAUUUCGCGUACAGCCACCCUAUUUACCUGCUGAUGGGCCGCACCCGGAAGCAUCCAGUUUGUUUACAUCAGCGCUUAAGUGGGUGCUGUGGUGGUUUUCAGCGGGCCGCACCCAAGGACUCCAUCCACUCGCCCCGCGCAAGACAAUAGACGUUUUUGGCUGCAGACACGAUAACAGUCCACCUAAGUUAAGGGGCCGCACCCCGUUUUUUUAAGCUCGGCCCGUUCCUUGCACACAGUGUGCAGCACCAGGCGGGACCAUAGAUGAGCAGAUAUUUCUGGCGACAUUCUUGUGGACAUAUUGAAGCAUCAUGAUGACAAAUAGUUCUUAUUUUACAGCUACCGCUUCGUUUUGCAACUCCAGCAAUCGAGGUUGUGCUGACCUGUUUUGUACAAAGAUAUGAAAAAGUCUGACAUUCCAAAAAAAAGAAGUAGAUUCAUCCUCUCGUCGCCACCAACAUAAGUACCUUGAGGUGCCGCACACCUCUAUCUCUAGUCUCUUGUUGAAAACUUCUUGCUCGUUCGGUCGCGCAUGUGCGGUGCAGCCCGCUCAGAGUUUUUUGUUUUUCAUGCGACUCUGCAGCACUCACGCAUGAAUCUUUGCGUGUUCCAAGUCCUAGGACUUUCAUGGGCUCACGCACAUCCGAGAUCGGGGGGGUAGGAGGGGGUCUCCAAGCCAAAAAAAAACUAAGCAGCAUCACCUCAGGGUUCCAGGGUUCCAAAGUUAGCAUCACAAGUUCCAACCUUCCAGACCCAGACACUUUAUUUACAUUUGAUAACGGCUUGACCGCGACCACCGGAUCCGGACCGUCGAAACUGCCCGUGGUGGAUAUGGCCGCGUUCUCAAGCGUUACAUUCUCAACUGUGACAUGAUUUCCCAUGCAAAAUUACCUUCAGAAACAGAAUCGAAACCAUCAAGCUGCUUCGCAUGACAACUUCUCAGAGGCCUAAGCAGGCUGCUAAUCUGUGCCAAACCCAAAUCUGUCAUGCAAGACGCGCAAGGUCCCCUGUUUCACUUUUGCCAUCGUUGCACUACAAAUUGAUGUAACAUUUGAGAGUGCAACGUUUGAGAGCGCCAUAGUGGAACGCCAACAGCUGUUGGUUGGUUGCGAGGAGUUUCUUCUAUGCAUUGCAAAUAUUGUGUCAUCUGGGUAUAGAAAACGAAAAUUGCAAGCUUGUAAACAUGCAUGUUCUAUCUUGUGCAACAGCAUGGCGAAGGAACAUGGCUUCUUUGUCAUGCGGAGCCGCAACCUCUCAUGCGGAGUUCUAGGCAAGAACGCAUACCAGCGAUAAAAUUUAAAUUUGUAUUUGGCGUGCGUACCUGCUGUGUACCUUCGUCUGCUUGUUUUUACAGUGUGUCAAAUGAUACUAGCUCUAGCACGACAAGUUUAUUCCAGACCCCGACAUCAUAUUUGCCAUGCAUAUUAUCCUUACGUGUACGACGGCGUGGCGGCGGCGGCGCUGGGCUACGAAGCGCAGUUAUUGAACCACACGACGAGUACCUACGCGGUCGGGGUCGCGGCCGGGGUCAAUUUCCACGGGUUGUCGGGCCCGGUCGCGCAGCAGAGCCCGUCCGGCAUUCGCAACUGGGGCCUCCGCCCGGCGCGGCGGUACAACCUGCUGCAGAUUCAGAACGACGGGGUCUUAACCCAGCUGACCAACUUCACGUAUGACAAUGCACAACUCCCCCUCCCCCUCAUUUGUCAUGGAAAAUACCAAAUCCAGCCCUUUCCCUGAAGCACUGCUUGCGUGACAGAUUCCGCAAGCUGAAACAGCACUAGAAUCGGUCCCGAAUUUUUUGUCAUGCAAAAGCUGCAUUUAUGCCAGCACUUGUGUUGCUGUUUAUGAGCUUCAAAUGAGGGGGAGGGGGGGUUGUGCACUCUCAUAUCACGGACGCGGCGUCCAUGAGCGCCGACACGUGGAACACGAAAAUCCAGUGGGCGACGAGCUCGGGCACCACCCCGAAGGGGCACCAGCAGGGGUAUCCGAAGCAAAAACGUCCACACCCCAUAGUCAAGUUGGUAAAUCUACAAUACAAAUCUCCACGCUUUCGCAGUUGUGCAUGACAAGUUUCCAUCUACAGUGUAGUGGUGGCUAGCAAGGGAAGCUGCAUGAAGAUGCCAUUUUCUCAUCCUGUUUACAGUAUUACAAAUGGCAAAACACGAUUGGAAAUGCCUCUCAUGGAGUUGCGUAUUAAUACAAAUGUUCCUGUUAUUGCACAUUUGCAUGACAACUCUGGGCGGGUGGGGACGUUUUUACGCAGGAUAAGGGGGCCUGUUUCAUCAAGCAGAUCCAGUGCAACGAGGGGUACUGCGUGAACGAGGGCGCGGGCGUGGGGUUUAAAGGCGGAUGGUGCGAAUGCAACCCGGGGUACGCGGGACCCACCUGCGACGUGAAGUCCUCCGUGCCCCUGACCCGCGGCGCGGGGGGCGGCCCCGAGGGCCGCGUGGCCUACGCGGACGUGUUCUGGAAGAGGCUGGGGCCCUUCGACGAGGUUUCGUUCUCAGCGGAGCUGAUCGUCACGCAAAUCUACCUGGACGAGCGCAUAUGAACUGCAAAAGUAUCGUACUCGUUGUAUAAAUGCAUUACAAAUUUCCUCAGCAUAAGAAAUUAAAUUUGUCAUGCUGAUAUACCUUAAGAAAAAUAUUUGUAAUGCAAGACUUGCAGCUGCAUUUAUGCGUACUUUUGCACAGGAUAGCGCACCCGCAUCAACGACGGGCACUACCCGGGCACGGAGGUGGAAACGCUGCUGGGGAGCACCGCGGGCCCAAACCUCUUCCUGCCCUUGGUGAAAACCGCCGUGACCACCUGCAAGGGCGGCGUGGCGAAGCAAUUCACGACGGGCACCCGGGCCGAGGUGAAGUACCCGCUGAUAUACGCCCGGACUGUGUAUCUGUUAUGCAAUGCAAAAGUUUCGUACUAGUAUGAAUUGCAUGACAAAUUUUUCGUAGAACAAAAAUUAAAUUUGUCAUGCAGAUUCAGGUCAGAAAGCAGAUCUGUCAUCUUGCUAGACUCGCAUUUGUACGAGUACGAUACUUUUGCAAUGCAUAUCUGUUCGAGCGGUGCCAAACCGACCCCAGCUGGGACUACUACCCCUUCGACAAGCAGAAGCUGUUCGUGGACAUCACACCGGUCUACGACGCGAAACUGAGCUGGCUCUUCGACUUCGAGGAGUUCUGGACCCAGAUCUCUACCAAUCAGCACGUGCUGAAAAUCGAAACCUCCUCCGGAUCCACGACCGCCUUACUCGUGACCAACUCCACUACGGCCACCACCAGCACCACCGUGGCCGGCACGACUUCGAAGGCAGCAGCAGCAGGCGGCGAUGACGUGAACAAGUUUCUGGACCACAAUAUCAAAAGGAAAAAUCCCCCCUCCCCAUAUCGAAAUGGAAAUAUGUGAUGCAAGAUUUGCGUACACAAAUCGGAUUUGUCUUGCAGUAAGGCAUCGCAGACAGAUCCUCGGCCUAGGUAGGGGCGUAUGGGUCUAGUUGCUUACUUAGCAAUGCAAACGGGUGUCCCCUAGGCGCAACAGCAUGCCAAAUCGCUUCCAUAAUGGUGCGGAAGCCUCUGCGCUUGUCUUCUUGCAAGACAGACGUGAUUUGUGACCUCAAAUCAGCAACACAGAUUUUCGGAAACAUACCUUUUCGAUAUGGGGAGGGGGGAUUUUUCCUCAGAAUACACAAGCAGGUCAUGUUGAACGCGCUCGCCCGGGACAGGCCGGGCGUUUUCGAGUAUAUGACAGUGCACAACUCCCCCUCCCCCUCAUUUGUAUGGCAUGAACAGCAAUACAAACAUUAGCGCACAUGGAGCCUAUGCAUGACAAAUCUAUCAACUUAAUGUAGUACCGUUUAAGCUUCCAGAAUUUGUCAUGCAAACAGUGCUACAAGGCAGCAGCUGGAUUUGGGAUUUUGCAUGACAAAUGAGGAGGAGGGGGAGUUACUUAUGCACUUUCAUAGAGUACCCCGGGGUGCCAGAAACCGUGGACGGCACCAUAUCAAAUGUAAAAAUGUCUGGGUCUGGAAGAAUGCAACUUGUGAUGCUGCGUUUGGAUUCCAAAAAAAUCUGUAUUGCAUGAGUACCAAAGGGAAUGCAAUUUUUGCUACGCUGAGAAGGCAUUUGUCAUGCGGAAUAGGCAUCAAGAAGCGUUCAAAAAAUCUGUAUUGCGAGGGUAUGGAUCACAGACAUCAUGGCUCAUGCAAAACGUGCAUGACAAGUGUCAGAAUCUUCCAGACCCAGACACUUUUACAGUUGAUACACCACGGUCGCGGACGACUGGAACCCCUCGUGGCCCUGCCAGGGCGCGACCCUGCAGUACGACGUGACAACGUCGCGCGCGGCGCUGACGCUGGAAGUGGAGCGCGACGCCAACCUGUGGCGCGUGCGGAUCGCCAUCCCGGCGAUCUUGCUCGGCACCUUCGCCUUCUCCACCUUUAUCGUGCCGCCGGACAAGCUGGUGCCGAGGUUCAUGAUAUCAAGUGCAAAUGUGUCAUGGUCUGGAAGGUUGGAACUUGUGAUGCUAACUUCGGACUCGAAAAAAAUCUGUAUUGCAUGAUCAGCAACAGGAGUCUAGAUUGUGCAACGCGGGGAGGGCAUUCGUCAUGCGGCAGAGGCAUCAGGAAGCCCUCUAAAAAUCUGUGAUGCUAGGUCCUGCAUUACAAACGAAACAUCCUGGGUCAUGCAAAAUACGCAUGACAAACCCGGCAACAUUCCAGACCCAGAAACUUUUGCAUUUGAUACAUGAGCGGGUACCUGGCCUUCCUCGCGCUGCAGAGCUUCCGCACGUCCGCCACCAACCAGGCGCCGGACAGUCUGAUCAGUCUGGGCUACCUGGACGUGCUGCUGCUGUACCUGACGCUCUCCAUGUCGGGGUGUGUCAUUGCGGUCAUGGCGGGCGAAAUCGUCUUCCAAAAACUCGGGCCCACCGUGGUCCGGGAAUGCGACGCACUGUCGAAGAGGUAUCUAUAAUACUUAACAGAGUUAUAUUUUCUUGGAUUCAUGUUCAUCGAUGAUGUAAAAUGUUUUUCUUCACAUCAAAAACGCCGAAUCAAUCCUGCUGUGCCGGUAUCAAAAAUACAGAACCGUGCCGACGUGUUACUUUCUCACGCUGCUGAUCGCGAUGGUGGGCGCGGGAGAGGACAACCCGUUAGACAUGACGGUCGAUUCCUUUUUCGCCAUCGCCAUGACCUCCGCCAUCCUGCCCGGCCUGUUCUACGUGACCUGGCUCACCAUCCUGGUCCGGAACUGCGACCACUUUUACCUCUACAACUGCAUCAAGGUGGCCCAGGACGACCCCGCGGCCCCCUGUGUGUUGAAGGAUCUGGAGUUGCAGGCCAUGUUCCGCUGGAUCAGUAUCGAGUACCAGAAGCAGCACCCCCACCAGGCCGUCCUGGCUGCCGAUCAAGUAUCACAUGCAAAAAUGUCUGGGUCUGGAAGAAUGCAGCUUGUGAUGCUGCAUUUGAAUGUCUAAAAGAUUUGUGUUGCAUGAGCAGCGAAAGGAAUCCAAUUUUUGCUACGCGGAGAGGGCAUUUGUGAUGCGGAAUAGGCCUCAAAAGACCUGGGAUGCUAGGGCAUGCAUCACAGACAUCAUGGCUAAUGCAAAACGUGCAUGACAAGUCUCAGAAUCUUCCAGACCCAGACACUUUUGCAUUUGAUAUCAAGAGGAAAGUGACGACCACGAGAUUCCGGUGGACGUCGUGGCGAAGUACCUGCUUGACGCGAUCAAGGGGGAUCUGGACCUAGAGCGGUGCAUUUUCUUCACCAAAAUUCUGUACGACGAGUGCGACAGCAGCGGGGACGGGAAAAUCGACGUGACGGAAUGGAAGCAGCACUUUCCCAAGGUGAUCCAGGCGGUCGCCCGGGGCAAGUCCGCCUUACUCGUGCGUUCCCGGCUCUACUUGUUCCAUUUCUACGUGCAGCGGAUGUUUAACUCGAAGUUUCAGCCGAAGCAGCUCGUGUUGCCCCACCCCACGCUGCAUGCUGACAACAGCAAUAAUUUGAUCAAUAAUUUAUUGAACCUAGGUGGUGGGCAGGCCGCGCAGAGCAGUUCCUCCCCCGUGUCGGCCUCCUCGCAAAACAAACCCUUUCCCCCAGCAGCCGCGGACGUGGACCACGCAGACUUCAGCAAGGAAACCACGGAGCAAAUGGAGCCCGUCGGCCACCGGAAGUCUGCGAGCCUCUUUGCGCAGAAGUACAAAGACCACGAAGACCCCCUGGCACUGGCCCGCGACCAGCUGCGCCGCCGGAACAGCGCACGCUUGUCUGCUACUUCAUCCGGAGGUGACAAGGGCAAGCGCGCCGGGGAAGGCAGUGCGAUGGUGGUGAAUGUUGCGGACGUGCAGUAUGAGGAGAAGUUUGUUUCUGAUGAUGAGGACGCGUAGGAGUUGUUGCCCGAUUCUUCUUAUCGACAGGAAACGAAUCCGCCCUCCUGCGGAUGAAACUUUAAUAAGAACCAGAACCCAAGAACAGCAGAAGGAAUGUAUUUCAAUGCUGUAUGACCUUGCCUCCCCCUCCCCCAUAAUUUUGAUUUUCACGCUUAUGGUUUUCAAUUUAUCAUAUGGACAACAAAAAUUGCUCUCAUAUCUAUCAUACAUAAGUUUUGUCUCUGACGUGGAGGACCUUGUACGCUUUCUAUCAAAAUGUUACCAGCAUGUUUUUUACGGUGAAAAAUCAACUCAAGUUUUUUUACCGAGUCAAAUCGAAAUCGUCAGCGUCACAUACAAACCAAAACUUUCCUUGCUUCAUCACACAGUUUUUGCAGCCUAUGCCUACCCUUUGAAGAUUUGAUAAGCACCUCCCUUGAUCUAGACCUAGUAGCACUUCUUAUGUCGUCUUUUUUCUGUAGCAGUAAACUAAUAACUUGACCUGUAUGAUACUUUUGUUUUGUUUAUGCAGCUUCGCCUUCGGGAAUUGCGUUUUGUUCUCUUUUUCUACGGUCGCAUUGUGAUUCGCUCGUAGUUCCAUAGCAUGUACUCGCAGCAGGAGCAAAUUUUGGUUGCCCGUCCGAGGCCGAGGACCGGAAUUCAUCAUCCCUCGCGUUGCACAGAUGAUUUGAUCGCUCAUGAUAUAAUUGUUACCAAGGAAACAACACACAACCGAUGCGAAGAGAAGAUGGC